AUUGGAUAUUGGAAACAUUGUAGGUUGAUGCUAAAUUUGAAAUCUCCGGGACUAUCUAAUGGCCCUACUUCAAGAUGAGAAUUAUCGGAUGGAGUUGCUGGCAGAUCUCCAGGCAGACUACACCAAGUUUUUCACAGUAGCAGAGAAAGAGCUAGAGGGCAUAUCAAAAACCAAGUCGGUUGAUCAGUACGUCAGACUGCAGAAAAUUGGACAAGGUACGUUUGGGGAGGUUUUUAAGGUUCGUCAUAAAUCGACGAAACAGCACUUUGCACUGAAACGGAUUCGAAUGGAACAAGAAAAAGAAGGAGUAUGUUAUAAUUUCAUCAUACCCCUCUUAAAGUUUCCGAUCACUGCUCUACGAGAAAUACGUAUUUUACAAUCUCUUAAUCACGAAAAUAUUGUUUGUCUAAAGGAAAUAUGCCACAGUCCACCGAAUGCUGGUAAUGGAUUCAAGGCACAAUUUUACCUUGUUUUCGAGUUCUGUGACCAUGACCUUGCUGGUUUGAGUCAGCGGAUGGAUUUCACUGAACCAAUAAAAAAAGGAAUCAUGAAACAACUACUUACUGGUGUUUUCUACUUGCAUUUAAACAAUGUCCUCCAUCGUGAUUUAAAAGCUGCAAACAUUUUGAUCGAUAAAAACGGUAUUCUUAAAAUAGCAGAUUUCGGUUUGGCUCGGACUACUGUUGCCUCCGUUCGUCCUGAUCGACCAACACGUUAUACCGGACGAGUUGUCACUUUAUGGUAUCGACCUCCUGAAAUUCUCCUCAAUGAUCGCCAUUACGGGAAACCUGUUGAUAUGUGGGGUGCUGGUUGUAUAAUGGCUGAAUUGUGGACGAAAUAUCCUAUUAUGCAGGGAGAAAACGAAAUUAGUCAGUUGAACCUUAUCAUUAAUCUCUGCGGAUCUAUAACACCUGAAAUAUGGCCAGGCGUAGAACGUCUGGAAACGUUUAGAGAAGCCCGUUUACCUCAAGACAUUAAACGGCAUGUUCGAGAGAAAUUGACCCCCAAAAUCUCUUCGCUUGCUGCAGUAGAUCUCAUUGAUCAAUUACUUGUCUUGGAUCCCAGCAAACGUCUUGAUGCUGAGCAGGCACUUUCACACGACUAUUUUUAUGAGGAUCCUCCUGCAGGUGACUUACGAUCUUUUUCCAAGUCUGGUACAUCUUAUUUGGAAUUCUUGUCAUCAAAUAGUGCUCGUGGUCGCAUGUUGCAAGGAGCAAAUCGACCAGGAGUUGUACGUGGCCCGAUUGUUGGUCCUGGGCAACAAUUGAAUUAUCUUAGUGGCCCUGGUAUCAUGCAUCCUAAUCGUCGUCCACCUUUACCAGAUGAUAAUUCGUAUUAUGAACGUGUUUUCUAGUCUGACGCUAUUGCUUCGUAAAUUAACUCUCCCAAAACUUGUGUAAAUAUUCCCCUAAUUUUGUUUUAUAUCUCUUUUGUCUUUUUAUGUCUUGAAAUCGAAAUGCCAUAAACGCUUCAUAUUUUAUCUAUUAUUUUAUGUGUUCAUUCUGUUUUGCGCAUUAAAAGAUGCAACAUAUUACAUGUAACAGCAAUGCUUAAGGAUUUAAACUCAGACAAGCUUAGUAAAUGCUAUGGAGAUUCGGUAUGCCUGUACGUUGUAUUACAGUUCAGAAGAGUGCUUCCAAAAAAA